CGCGCGUGCACUGAGUCACAACGUGGUCGUUAAGCUCGUGAAGGUAGUGACCUGUGUUCCCUGGCUGAGCGCAAAAUGGAGACCCACAUCGCAGCAAGUCACUGAGGAACGGGAAUGCCCACAAUCAAAGGGCACCCUCACCGCGCGUCCCUUAGAGGGUGUAGCACGUUCAAAGCUACGUGUCUUUCCGAUGUUGUUUCAUCACCCUGAUCGUCGCCUUGCGCAUCAUAGCAAGCCAAGAACGAGAUCGCUUUCUGCUGCUUAUUUCAGGGCGAUUAAAAAUGAACGAUGACCAAGCUGACGACCACGACGAUGUCAAUCGCCUCACAAAAAAGGUGGACAUUCGCUUCACGAUGCUCAGCUUCAGAUACAAGAAACGACGGGAGUUUGAAGUGCCUCCAGGUCACAACCUCGCGCAGCAGAACCAAGUUCUAGGACGACUGGAAGAGAAUGGUGGCCCAGCAUCACUUUUUAGCUUCCGCUCUGUCGCCUACUUGGGGCUGUUCCUUUUCUCUGGACUCGUACACUUCGGAAUGGGUCUUCUCGUGUCACGGAUGAUCAUGCAGCACCAGGCAGAUUCCUAUGACCUGAUGGAGUGAACGAUGUAGUCCAGUUGAAGCAUGGUGACUGCCUGAAGAAGUUUCGCGCAUAGUUGAUGCGUGCAUACUACAAUGUGAUGUGCAGUAGGUAACAGUGUUGUGAAGGACAAAUGCUUGCACUCCAACAAAGAUAACUCCAUCCAUGUACUAUAACAUGGCGUGCACGUAUAUGAAUCAGAUUAAACGCCACUGUGUGAAGCAAGAA